AGAACUUAUAUCAUGCUCAGUCCUCGCAACAAGACGCUGGGCUGGGUCUCUACAUCGCUCGUCGAUCUUGACCAUGUCUCGAACACCUACCCUGUUAUUUGUCCACGGUGCGUGGCAUAGCAGCGACUGUUGGUCAAACGUGAUCCUUGCGCUUCAAACUCGUGGCUUUCACUGUCUCGCUCCUCAGCUCCAAUUCUGUGGCACAUCUAAGCCGGUCGAAUCUCUUGCCAGCAGUAUAAACCAAAUCCGAAGGCUUAUCUUCAGGGAGACGAAAAAGGGAAGCAAUAUUGUGCUGAUCAAUCACUCUUUUGGAGGCUCUGUGGGCUGUUCAGCUGUGAAAGGAUUCACCCCCAAGGACCCGUCCGAGCUGGAGCACAACGCGGGAAGAGUUAUUGGCAUUAUCCAGCUCUGCGCUUUCAUGCCACCAUCGAAUGUCUCCUUGUAUGAUAUGAUAGAUCCGAGGAAGGCUUUUCAUCAUCCUGAUCCAGAUGGUUGGGAAGUAGUCUACAGCGCCGACCCAAGCGAUAUUUUUUAUAAUGAUCUUCCCAAAGAGAUGGCUGAUCAUUGGAAAAGUCGCCUCUUGAAACAGUCUGCUGCUUCCUUCAUUGAUCAUGUGAAUGUUUAUGCUGGAUGGAUGGAUGUGCCGAUAUCGUACAUUUUUACUACCCAGGACCGGGCAAUCCCUAUUGAAAACCAGAAAGCAAUGGUUGAUGCUGCAAAGAAAGCUGGUGCCUUAAUCACAUCAGAGUCUCUGGAGGCUGGUCAUAGUCCCUUUCUAAGUAGGGUUGAAGAGACGGUAGACCUUAUCGUUGAUGCCGUCACGGAAUUCUGAGAAGACACUACAGUCAAG